GCUUCAAUGUUUUUCAUGCUUCUCUUUUACUGUAUGUAAUGUAAGGCAUGCCCUCUCUCCUCCUCAUCACCUACCACUGACAACUCCACCCCUUCUUAUUAACCCCACCACCUCCAUUUGCUCUUCCCAGAAUUCAUGUGCCCCCUUCUCUUCUCCAUUCCCCUUGGACUGCACAAAGACACAUUAGGCUCUGUGCUUGUGACCCUUUGUUUGGAGUUUUCCAAUAGGGGCAAGUGCGGUGGGAAGAGUGCUCUAUCUGACUAUCUGAGCUUGGAUACAAAACCCAUUUGCCCAAUUGAGAAAACCCAGAAAGGAAACCUAAUACUUUUUUACAUUUAUUUUCAGAGAGUUUGAACAAUGGGAUUGAUUUGGGUGUGUGGCAGUAGCCUCAUUUCCAAGUUGGUUUUUUCUGGGUUCUUUUAAUAAGAGAUCUAGGGGGUUGAGUUUGGUUCAUUACCUGUCGAGGAGGCUGACGAAGGCUUUCACAUUAAAUUUGAAGAAAAGGUGACUUUUAACGCCAAAAUAUGGCAUCUGGUCUUGAUACUGUAUUAGCCAAGAAGACGUUUGUUUUCGGCUUAAGAGUUUGGGUCUUAACAGGGAUCAUUGUGGGGGUUUUUAUAGUGAUGAUUCUUGCGGUGUUAUCAGUUUGCCUUACUUCACGAAAGAGAUCCAGAAAGUCUAAUGACAUGCUUCCUCUUAGCCAAAUUCCAAAUGUUUCAAAGGAAAUCAAAGAGAUUAGGGUUGAUCAAGUUUCAUCAAAUAACUAUGCACCCCGUAACAGUUCUUUCCUCACCCUUAGUGAUAAAUUCAAUGACAGAGAGUCAGAGAAAGUUUUGAUCCAGAAGAAUGGAGAUAGUAGCAGUCGAUCAGGCUCAUUUAACAAUACAGAAAAAGAAAAUGUCGGUUCUCCAUCGGGAGACGAGGGUGGUGCAGGAACAGCUUAUUUCAGGCCCUCUUCACAUCCUAUCACUGCCCCUUCGCCUCUUUCUGGUCUACCUGAAUUCUCUCGCCUUGGUUGGGGUCACUGGUUUACAUUAAGGGACCUUGAAUUUGCAACAAAUCGGUUUUCAAAGGAAAAUGUCAUUGGCGAGGGGGGAUAUGGAGUUGUUUAUCAGGGUAAUCUGAUUAAUGGAACUCCUGUGGCUGUGAAGAAGCUACUCAACAACCUAGGACAAGCGGAAAAGGAAUUUAGAGUGGAAGUUGAGGCUAUUGGGCAUGUAAGACAUAAAAACUUGGUUCGACUUUUGGGAUACUGCAUAGAAGGCACCCACAGGUUGCUGGUUUAUGAGUAUGUCAACAAUGGAAACUUGGAGCAAUGGCUUCAUGGAGCUAUGCGUCAUCAUGGAUAUCUCACUUGGGAGGCACGCAUGAAAGUUCUCCUUGGCACUGCUAAGGCGCUGGCUUAUUUGCAUGAGGCCAUUGAGCCAAAAGUUGUGCAUCGAGACAUCAAGUCGAGCAAUAUCUUGCUUGAUGAUGACUUCAAUGCGAAGAUAUCUGAUUUUGGUCUGGCAAAGUUGCUAGGUGCUGGAAAGAGUCAUAUUACAACUAGAGUUAUGGGUACCUUUGGAUAUGUAGCCCCAGAAUAUGCCAAUUCUGGCCUUUUAAAUGAAAAGAGUGAUGUUUAUAGCUUUGGGGUUGUGAUUUUGGAAGCAAUUACUGGAAGAGACCCAGUGGAUUAUGGUAGGCCAGCACAAGAGGUAAAUUUGGUAGACUGGCUCAAGAUGAUGGUUGGAAGCAGGCGUUCAGAAGAGGUGGUGGAUCCAAACAUUGAGACCAGGCCAUCAACGAGUGCCCUUAAACGAGCCCUCUUGACUGCAUUGAGGUGUGUAGAUCCAGACUCUGAUAAAAGACCUAAGAUGGGCCAAGUUGUUCGCAUGCUUGAGUCAGAGGAGUAUCCCAUACCUCGAGAGGACCGAAGAGGUCGAAGAAGUCAAGCAGGGAAUAUGGAGGCUGGGUCUCUAAAAGACAAUUCUGAUACAGAUAGGAGUGACAACCCGGAUAUAAGGGCAGAUAGCAGAAGGAACUAUCGAAAAUAGGCAAAGGGUUGAACAAUCAUAGAAUUGCAAGGAAAACAAGCCAAAGGGAACAUGUUGCACUCAUUUCAAGCUUUCACAUUCUUGGCCCUGCCUUAGUUGAGAUAAAGGAAAGGAAUCAGAACGUGAAGGAAUUUUUUUUCUUCUUUUCUUUUAAAUACAUAAACCUACUUAUAGGUCUUGGAGAGAUGGUUAUUGUGUAUGGAGUGGCAUUAGAUGGGGACGCCCUUGCCACCGGGUGUGUACAGUUCUGAUUUUUUCUUUUCCUUUUGAUUUUUUUGGGUCUUAGGUGACUGUAGUUCAUGAGAUCUUCUUUUAUGUAUGUUUUGCCCUUCUUGUGAAGGAGAGAUUUCAAGAAAAAAAGGAAAGACAAUUGUCCAAGUAUAUGCUAAACUUUACAGGAAGAAAAUGGAAAUUAUGCCAGUUU